UGAUUCACCAUUAUAUUACGUAAUCGUGUAGAAAUAAUUUGUUUGACUAUGAAAUCACAACGUUUGACAUUAUGCUCAUAAACACUCUGUGGAUCAAUUGGACUUUCCUGAACUUUAUUGUAAUUAAGGGGUAUGAUGAUUUAUCAGCGAAUAAGGUCGCACAUCAAUACAAAACAUCUAGUAGUUGCGCAGGAUGUGAAGCUAAUAAAGCUGUCGAUAGAGACAUACAAACCUGUACCAGGAUGGAAGAAAUAGGACCCACCUCGUUGGAUAAGAGUACCUGGUGGCAUGUAGACCUUGGAGGUACAUACAAUGUGUACAAUAUCAGGAUACAGUUCAAGAACUAUGAUGGUUAUACCAUGAGACAGAGGGGUCGUUUUGCCGGGUUUUCCUUGUAUGUGUCCAACACAACUGAUCGACAUAUGGGACACCUGUGUUACAAGGACGGACCAGAGUUACCUCCCUUGGAUUUCAACACAAACUGUUUAACUCAUGGACGUUACGUUAUCUUUUACAAUGAAAGACUACCUGGAAAAAUCUAUCCUAUGGGUUAUAAAAACACCAAUGUUUUUACAGAGCUGUGUGAAGUAAUAGUGACAGGUUGUUCCUCGUCUGGUGUUUAUGGAGAAAACUGUGAUAAAGUCUGCCCAGGGACUUGUCAAUAUCGUAGAUGUGACAUCAUCAAUGGGACCUGUUUAGGAUGUUCACCAGGGUGGUUAGGAGCACGCUGUGACAAAGCAUGCUCUGUUGGAUAUUACGGUCUACAGUGUGAAUCAAAGUGUGUUGGACAUUGUAAAGACGGCGUCGGUUGUAAUCACACCAGUGGUUUGUGUGACAAAGGAUGCGAUGAUGGUUGGACUGGAUCAAACUGUAACAAAGAAUGUCCUUUUGAAACUUAUGGACCAGAUUGUGCGAAAAACUGUAGUGGUAACUGUUUAGGUGGCAUUGCGUGUAAUAGAACGACCGGAUAUUGCGACACUGGCUGCAAUUUUGGUUACAACGGAGAAUUGUGUAAAACAGGUUGUGUAACUGGAAUGUUUGGUAAAGGUUGCAGCGAAAAGUGCAGUGGACACUGUCUAGAUAACGUUUCCUGUAAUUCAACAAAUGGACACUGUGAUGGUGGAUGUGAUUUAGGAUAUGUAGAGCCAUUUUGCAACAGAAGUUGUGAAAUGGAAAAAAAUAGUAAAGGAUGCAGCGUAAAGUGCAGUGGACACUGUCUAGAUAACGUUUCCUGCAAUUCAACAACUGGACACUGUGAUGGUGGAUGUGCUUUAGGAUAUGUAGAACCUUUCUGCAACAAAUAUUUAGAAUCACAGACCGCUGACCUACACCUUGAAGUAACUAUAGGAGCAGUUGGAGCUGGUGUUUUUCUCUUAAUAUUUGUUGUUAUCAUUUUGUAUGUAUUAAGGCAGAGAAGAAAUAAAAGUAAAAAGGCUGAUGGAAGGGAGGAAACAAUGGGAUUUUCAGCUAUGGAUGAAAUCUUAAUCAAAAGUAGGAAAAAGCCAGCUGUUAAAACCGGAAUCAAAAAUGACGUUUUGAAAUCAGAUACGAAAGAAGGAAAGGAAAGACUGUUAUCCAAAGAUUCUCAAAACCUGAAUGGGUUGACAAAAUAUCUUUCUGAAAUCAACAAUACUAAGAUGGAAGAAGAAUAUAAGGCAAUUCCAAAGGGAGAGUUACACUCAUGCAUUGAAGGGAAAAGACAAGAAAAUAAAUCCAAAAAUAGAUAUACUACAAUCUUCCCAUAUGACCACUCUCGUGUUGUUCUCAGUUCCCCUACGACUGGGUCGGACUACAUAAACGCCAACUACAUUGCGGAUGUAUUUGGAAAAAAAAAGUACAUAGCAACACAAGGACCAAAGGAAAGUACAAUUGCUGAUUUCUGGAGAAUGAUCUGGCAAGAAAACGCUCGAAUCAUUGUUUGUCUCACAAAUAUUAGUGAAGCCAAGACCAAAAAAUGCGCUAAAUAUUGGCCGGACCUCAACGAUAAACACAUGGAAGGGGACAUCAGCGUACGCUGCCAGAAAGAGCAAACCUAUGCAGAAAAUGUCGUCAGGCAUCUCCGAACUAAAAGCAAUUUAGAUAAGACAGAGCGAGACGUGUUCAUGUUUCACUACACCCAGUGGCCAGACCACGGGGUCCCAGAACCACUCAGUCUAGUCGUGUUCCAUCGUCACGUGAUGAAAACUGUAGAGGAUCAUCCAAUGGGAUACAUUGUGGUACACUGCAGUGCAGGUAUAGGUAGGACCGGAACCUUUAUAGCAUUAGAUGCCCUUUAUAAGGAAGGGGGGAAAACUGAUAAAGUGAACGUUCCUCAGUAUGUAGAGAAGAUGAGAAACGCCAGGAUGAACAUGAUACAAGGAGAAGAUCAAUACAAAACUGUGUAUAUGGCAUUACUUGAGGCUUUCAGAGGACGACUUCGUGCUGUACCAUUAGAUUUUUUUCUCAAGGAAUUUCAGGAUCACUCUUGCUACUUAAAUCAUGGAGACGUUUCCAAACAAUCACCGUUUGCUUUAGAGUUUGAGGAAUUGUUGUCCUUUAGAAAAGUGUAUACACAUGAGGAUUAUAAAUCUGGAAUGUCGAACAUAGUAGCAAACUAUGUUCCAAGUGUCUUACCAGUUGAAAGAUACCUAUGUCCAUUAACAACAGAAAAUCUAUAUUACAACGCAGUCUGUUUACAGUCGUUUAAACAAUGUGACCGAUUCAUCAGUGCCCAGUUCCCUCUCCCCGACUACACAGAACACUUCCUGAAUCUUGUAAAGACAAACUAUACAUGUACCAUCGUAUCGCUGUAUCCUCUAGGGGAAGUCAAAUCGACUUCUCUCUGGCUACCAACAAAGAAUCAACAAAAAACUGUUGGACCUUUUACAAUCAAAUUGGCUGAGAGUACACAGGCAAAAUAUGUGGCCAAGACUAACAUUACGAUACAGCAAAAGGGAGGCAGCAGCAUGCGAGUUGCUGUUCUGGAGUGUAGAGGGUGGGAAGAUGAGUAUGACGGCAAGAGUAGAAGAAUACUGAUUGACCUUGUUCAAGAAGCCAAAAUAGAGGAAAGGACCCAUCCUACUGGAAGAAUACUUGUUCUCUCCAGCGAUGGUGCUAAACGGUGUGGUCCAUUCUGUGCUGUAUUUAACGCCCUGGAACAAAUGAUGAUGGAUGAAGAAGUGGACUUAUUUACCAUCACACGGCAGCUUCAGACUAGGAGACCAGAGUUUUUGUCUAGUCUGGAGGAAUACCAGUUUUGUUUCGACACGAUUUCAGACUACCUACAGAAUGACACUUUGUAUGCAAACGUUUAGACUUUUUGGAAAAUAUUUCGGAGUGUUGUUCAACAAAACAAUCUUAUUUAGUGCUCCGAAUCUAGUACAUGUAUACAACGUUCUGGAACAGUCUGUGAUGAACAAUAGUUUUCCCUCUAUUUUAUACUACAUUAGAUUUUUUUCCAUUCAAAUGAAAAUUGUGUUGUGUUUACUAGCAGAAUUGUGUUCUAUUCAUUUAUGUAAAAUAAUAUCUGAUCAUUGAAUUAAUUUAGAUGAACUUAG